AAGAAAAGAGUUGGAGCAUCCUGGCUACAAACAAAGUCAAAGGACAGAUUGGAAAAAAUUGCUUUGCUUGUGUAAAGAUGGCUACACAAGACUCUAUAAUGUCAUCUUUAAAGGAUAAAGACUGUGAUCUUGCAAAGGACAUAAACAAUUCCUUGAUCGCAGUGCCUAUGACAGGGCUUUUGGUUGUAAAUGACCAUAUAAGUGUGUCAGUUCUGGACUCAGUUGGUGGCAAAUUCUAUGUGGCAUAUGAGAUCUUGGAUUUGAAAAUACCAUUUUACAGUAUCCACACUACUCGGGAUCUCCAUAUCCACAUUACUCUUAUUAUCCAAACAGCCGCCAGGAGUGCUUUGUAG